GCCGGAGGGGCAGGGGGCUGCUCCGUGCCUCCGCCGCCACCCCGCUCCCCCGCCGUCCCCCUGGAAUCUACCGGGCCCAGCACGGCUGGCUGGCUGCAAACUCUGCCGGCGGCCCGAGCCCGAGGCUGGGCGUGCCUGCAGCCCCCUCCUCCCCGGGGGUGCGGGGAGACCCGGCAGGAGUUCACGGACCCGUCUCUGCUAAGGAGCUGCUUUUAACUCCCUAAGAUGAGGAUCCGUCUGGCGAGAAGAUGGACGUGGGUCCGCAAAAGCUGCGUGUUCCUCGGCUUCUUAAUGAUCGCUUACUUUGUGGUCGAGCUGUCGGUUUCUUCCUUUGGUGCCUCCCUCGCCGGCGAGAGCAUCGCUAAAGGGAAAUGGGAGAGGCGCUUUUCUGACAGAACAGAAGAAGCUGUCGAUUUGGCUCGUCCAGUGUAUGACAAACCCCCACCUGACCCUUACGCUCCAGGAGAAUGGGGUAAACCCUCUCGCCCACAGCUGAGUCCUGAGGAAAAGAAACAGGAAGAAGAGCUGAUUGAGAAAUAUGCAAUAAAUAUUUAUUUAAGUGAUAAAAUUUCUCUCCACCGGCACAUUGAAGAUAAUCGACUGAGUGGUUGUAAAGCUAAAUCUUACAGCUACAGAAGACUGCCCACCACAUCUGUUAUAAUUGCUUUCUACAAUGAAGCCUGGUCAACACUGCUGCGAACGAUACACAGUGUUCUUGAAACAACACCUUCAGUGCUUCUGAAAGAAAUUAUACUGGUGGAUGACCUGAGCGAUAAAGUGUAUUUGAAGGCUGAACUCGAAAAAUACAUAAGUAGUCUGAAAAGAGUUCGCUUGAUAAGAACCAACAAACGAGAAGGAUUGGUUCGUGCACGCUUGAUUGGCGCUACCUUUGCUACCGGUGAUGUUCUCACAUUCCUAGAUUGUCACUGUGAAUGUGUUUCCGGCUGGCUGGAACCACUGCUCGAAAGGAUUGCUGAGAAUGAGACUGUUAUUGUUUGUCCUGUCAUUGACACCAUUGACUGGAAAACAUUUGAAUACUACAUGCAAACGGCAGAGCCCAUGAUUGGGGGCUUUGACUGGCGGCUGACGUUCCAGUGGCACUCGGUGCCUAAACACGAACGUCUCAGGCGCAGAUCUGAAACCGACCCAAUCAGAUCCCCAACUAUGGCUGGUGGCUUGUUUGCUGUCAGCAAGAAGUAUUUUGAGUACCUGGGAACCUAUGAUACAGGAAUGGAUGUUUGGGGAGGGGAGAACUUAGAAUUAUCAUUUAGGGUUUGGCAGUGUGGCGGCAUGUUGGAGAUUCAUCCGUGCUCCCAUGUGGGCCAUGUGUUUCCAAAGCGUGCGCCCUAUGCUAGACCAAAUUUCCUUCAGAACACAGCACGUGCUGCUGAGGUGUGGAUGGAUGAGUUCAAAGACCACUUCUACAACAGAAAUCCUUCAGCAAGGAAAGAAAAUUACGGAGACAUUUCUGAAAGAAAGAUUCUUAGAGAGCGUUUGAAAUGCAAGAGUUUUCACUGGUAUUUAAAAAAUGUAUUUGCUGAGUUGCAUGUACCAGAAGAUCGUCCAGGCUGGCACGGUGCUAUCCGCAGCAUGGGAAUACCUACAGAGUGCCUUGACUAUGUCUUACAGGAACAUAAUCCUACAGGGUCUCACCUUUCUCUCUUUGGUUGUCAUGGUCAGGGAGGCAACCAAUUUUUUGAAUAUACAUCAAACCAGGAGAUUAGAUUUAACUCUGUAACUGAGCUGUGUGCUGAAGUCCCUGAGCGUGAAGAUUUCAUAGGUAUGAGGAGCUGCCCAAAAGAUGGAUCUCCCAUCCCAGAAAUUAUUAUCUGGCACUUCAGAGAAGAUGGGACUAUUUAUCAUCCUCAUUCGGGGAAGUGCCUUACUGCUUAUCGUACGACUGAGGGCCACGCUGAUGUGCAAAUGAGAACUUGUAAUGCUGGAGAUAAAAAUCAGAUUUGGAAAUUUGAAAAAUAAUCACUGCUGGUAGUGUGAAUCGAAUGGACUGUGAUCUCCAAGCUUUUUACACGUGUGAGCAGAUAGCAAUGUUUGAUUGAGUACCUUGGAAUGUUUUCAGAUGUGUCUGUAGUGAUGAACUGUAUGGAAAGCAAAAGUAAAUAGUGGGGUUUGGUUUCUAAAACAUGGAUUAGAACAUCUAAUACUUUUCACUUUUGUAAAAUUUUGAUCCAUUAUUAAUUUGCUCAGUCUUGAUUAUGGUAAAACAAAACUUUCUGAGUGGACUGAGGAGGGAUUUUUUCCAUCCUAAAAUCAUGCAAUAAUCCUGCAAGAUAAAUGUUACAUGUAAACAAAAAAAAAAAUAUUUACAACAUGAAAGUUAAGGUUCUUGCAGUGGUAUUAGCUGACCUAUGUUGCAUUUGCAUUAUAAAAUAUGUAUCUAACACCCUAAGUAAUGCUACAGUAGCAUUGGAGUAGGUUGAAUGGAGGCACAUUGAUUGACGGUACAUGCUAUUAAGGGUACUAUAUUACAUAGAAGAACAGGAAGUUUAUUUACCUAGAAGGGCUUUGGUACUGCUUUGCAAUCUUGUACCUAUUAUAAAUCUUACCCCGUGGGGCUUAGUCAGGAGCUCUCAUGCAUUUAGAGGUGAGUGUGGUACCAGUGGAACCAAGGACAUGUUGGCGAUAUCACAAAUAGAAAAAAUAGCGACAGCUACAAGUAAGAAUUUUGUUUAAAGGCAAUGGAAGGAAGGGAGCCACAAAAUUGCCUUAGCUACUGCUGUUUCUUAGCUAUAUAUUUAAUGUAUGCAUUGCCUCUGUGUAAGUUUUCCAUGUUCAGCCCCACAUCCUAGGGACACAAAAGUUAUGUGAUCUAGACCCAUGUUUGGAUUUUUUGUUGUUUGUUUUUUGUUGGUUUUUUUUUCAUUUCAUCUGUCAGCAGGGUAGAGGAAGGUAACAUCAAGGAACAUUUGGGCUGUUUUAUUCUGCUUUUUGUGUUUUGGCAACAGCUGGCAUGGGCCAGCCCUUGAAAGAGUUUUGAAAUAAUACAGCAUUAACUGCCUCUAGUCAAAACAAUACUACUGGAGACCUUGGGUAAGGCUGGGAAGCAGAAGCUUCUGACAUGAAGGGAGUUGAAAUGACAAAGGACAGCUUGGAUGAAACUAAGAUUUGUUGGUAAGGUGGUUCACAGAAUUACUUAUUUAGAAUAUUUUCUUUUUUCUGUUAUGCUGAGUUUUUGAAGAAUACUGAUUCUUGAAUCAUAUCACUAAUUGUUUUGAUUGUGAUUAUAGAUGGUAGAUGUCACAGAUAUAUUGUGUACUUGAAAGAAAUUUUUCAUUAGUAUCUGUAUUUUAGUUUCAUAAGAUUUAAGUUGAACACUUUUCUUAAUGUGUUGUGCAUUCCAGCUGCUUUGAUUAUUUUCAAUUAAGUGAUAAAUAUUCUUCAGUAGUAAGUAGUAGUUUAGUAAGUCUUUACAUGGGGCUGGUAGGUAGAAAUGUAAGCUAGUGAGCAUUAGGAAUCUGGAUACUUGAGGAAUGUAGUGGAUGUGCAUUUGCUACAGGUGUUGGUGGUGGAAGGGUUAAAAAGGGACUAGUGAAAACUGAUGUAGUUGAAGUUUUGCCAAAAAUAAAGUAAGAUUAAGUUAGAACAUAUUCUUAAAUCUUAUUGACUUGGAAGCCUUGAGCAGUUUGGGUGGAAACAGGUUAAGAUAGAAGAUGAACAGAAGAAAAUUUGGAGCUUGGAAUGCAGCAUUGAAUCAUGCUAAAAAUGGUUGCCACUGUGUGGCAUGGAUUCUUUUAAGACUUUAAUUUAUUUUUAGGCAGUUACUUGCAAUUUGAUGUUUUCCCAUUUUUCAUCUUCCUUUUUCCCCCAAGUUGGUUUUUUUGUUGUUGUUGGUUUUUUGUUUGUUUGUUAAAAAAAAAAGAAAGGGAACUUUUUACUACAUAAGGGAAACAUUCCUGAGAAAUUGCAUUCCACUUUGCAGCAGGAAUUCUUUUGUGGACCUGCAAGUUAUGAACCAUUUAUCAAAUUUUAAAAGGCAACCAGUCAUUAUGUACUGGGGCAAUAAAUUUUAUAAAUUAUGUGCUUUUGUGAAAAGUUUGCUGUUACAGUCAAUAGAAAUUACAGGAAAAAGGCCUAGAUUCUCCUGUGUGGCAGAUCAUAAAUGGUAUGUGCAAUGCAUGUUUCUUCAGAUAAAAGUAAUAAAAUGCUGUGAGUAUAGACUAUGCAAAUUUUAUACAGUUAAUUUUUUAGCACUUGGCAAAAACUGCUUCUCAUAUAAAGAAAUACCUUCAAGUUAAACCUGACUUUCAAAGUAUUCCUUAUCUAUUUAAGCAAUAAUUAGAAGUGAAUCUGCCUCUGAGUUUGAGAAGUUAUUCUCUCUAUGUAUAUGAAGCCUUCCUCUUCCUCAUGACAUCCAUUUCUAUUUUUUGGUGAUAUUUUGAAACAAACUGGGGAGAAAAUAACAACAACAACCAAAAAAGAAUAAAAUUUAAAUCUUCCCAAUGGGAAUUAAAAAACAUGUGAAUAAAAGGAAGAGGGACUAGAGAAAGAAAAAGAAAAAACAGAAAACAUGUUACCAUUUCAAUACUCCUAUCCAGCUAUUUUUCAGUACGUACAGAUUUCUGGAAAAUCUGAAACUUCAAAUGGUUUUCUAUUCUGUUAGACUUUGAAGAUUUGGUGAACACUUGUAUAUAUUUUAAACUACUGAUUCUAAGUGACUUAAAAGAAAUUGAAUGUAAACUUAACACUGAAUAAAUGUGGAGGGCUUUGGGAUUUCUUUUGA